GAGGGAGAGGAGAGAGAUUUCUCUGGCAGUAUUCAGAGGUGGAAGACAGUUACCCAUAAAACGCAACAAUGCCGGGGGUGAUAAAUAUGGAUGAGUUGACAGACGUGGAUAAGGCUAAAAUGGAAAGAGACCAAAAGAAGAUUGAAGUCAAGCUUGAGAGAUGGAUGACGUCUAAGUGCUGUACUGAGUUUAUGGAGGCGGUUCAGGCCGGUGUAGAAGAGGACACUCUGGUCAAAGGCAUCGCAGAAGACAAGAACCCAUUCAAGGAGUUGAAAGGUGGAUGUGUCAUCUGCUGAAGAGGACAGGAGUCAGAACAGACAGUGGAGCUUUUCUUUCACUGAUUAGACCCUCUCUAGUGCCCAAGGACAUGCCCCCUUCCUAGGAAACAUAGCUGGAUCACCAAUAGCUAACCGAGAGGAGAUGGUAAAAAAACAAACAGAUGUAAAUACAUCUAAAUCUCAUGAAACCAUGUAAAUGAAUCCUUCUAGAUUGUGAUCCCUCCUUGGAGUGAUGCAGGAAAUAAGAGUUGUUUUUGGAAUGAUUGUCAGAGGUUUGUUGGAUGGUUUAUAUUGUCAGUAAAGAGCUUGUCUCCCAUGAGACUGUCUAUAGUCUGAGUGUGCACCAUCUGUUUCAUUAUUGGACAAAACCACAGUAAUUAAAUGAGCUUGUUUACAACUACAAGUCACACCGAAUGUUGUGUGAAAGACAGAGUACUUUUACAGGCUUAUAGACACAUGCUUAUAGACACAAGAUGGUAUUGACAAAUCUGCCAUCAAUGGGGGAAAAAGUAGUUAUGAAGGUAAGGAACAUGUAUGUUAUGGGUAGCUCACCUGAACAUCAUGAAAUCCCCCUUUCUAGCCUAAAGCUUUCUACUUUGACUGGCAUGGCCUACUACUGCAUUUAUGCCGCGUUGAAAACAACUGGGAACUCGAAAGAAAUACGAAAUCACAUCAUGACGUCAGUGAUCUUCAGGUCGGAAAGACGGAUCUCUAGAAAAAGGCCCGCACAGAAAUCGGAGAUUUCAGAGUUCCCAAUUGUUUUGAACGUGGCAAUAGCCUGUGACACUACUAGUUGCGCAUGUGCAGCUCAUUGACGCACACACAACAUUAACUGUUACUUGCACAGAAAUGGCUCAGCGACUGAAUUUGGUAGUAAGCCGUAAUUUCUCCACAUUAACCUCGCUAAGCAGUACAAGGAAGCUGGCUGAAAAUGUGUCAUCUAAACCCAAAACGGCCAGUGGUUCAGAGAUAACGGCUGAUCAUUUACUCUACACACCAGAGCAUUUUGCGUUGAAGGAAUCUCUUAAAAAGAUCAUCGACCAGGAUAUCAACCCCUAUGUGGACCAAUGGGAGGCAGAGGGGAUAUUUCCUGCCCACAAAGUCUUCAAGCUCUUGGGAAAUGCUGGCUUUCUGGGUGUCAACAAGCCAGUUGAGUAUGGAGGCCUGGGUCUGGACUUCAGCUACAGUAUAGCCGUGUCAGAGGAGCUGGGUAACAUCCGCUGUGGAGGCAUCCCCAUGGCCAUCGGAGUCCAGACUGAUAUGGCCACACCUGCCCUGGCCAGGUUUGGCUCUACAGAGCUGAAGAAGGAGUUUCUGCUGCCCUCCAUAAUGGGAGACAAAGUGGCCUGUCUGGGAGUGAGUGAAGUCGGAGCCGGCUCAGAUGUUGCUACCAUCAAGACGAACGCGGUGCGUGAAGGGGAUGAGUAUGUGGUGAACGGUGGUAAGAUGUGGACCACUAACGGCACCCAGGCUGACUGGAUGUGUCUCCUGGCCAACACCAGUGACGGUCCGUCUCACAAGAACAAGUCCCUCAUCUGUCUGCCUAUGAACUCUCCUGGGGUUCACAUCGCCCGCAAGAUCGACAAGAUGGGGAUGAGGUCUUCUGACACAGCAGAGGUCUUCUUCGAUGACGUGCGCGUGCCUUGCAAGAACCUCAUUGGUCAGGAGGGGAUGGGCUUCACUUAUCAAAUGCUUCAAUUCCAGGAAGAGAGACUUUGGGCGUGUGGCAACAUUCUAACCAUGAUGGACAACAUCAUCCAGGAGACCAUUCAGUACACCAGACAGAGGAAGAUCUUCAAGAUGCCUGUUCUCUACCACCAGUCAGUACACUUUAGACUGGCUGAGCUGGAGACAGAGAUCGAGCUGCUGCGUUCCCUCCUCCAUCGCUCCACAGCUCUGUACAUCAAGGGCAACGAUGUGACUAAGCUGGCGUCCAUGGCUAAGCUGAAGGCAGGCCGUCUAUCCAGGGAGGUGGGGGACAGCUGCCUGCAGUACUGGGGAGGGAUGGGCUUCACCAGCGAUGUCCUGGUCAGCAGGUUUUACAGAGACGCCAGGUUACUGUCCAUUGGAGGAGGCGCUGAUGAGGUCAUGCUGUCGAUCAUCUGCAAGUACAUGGACACCCUACCCAAGAAGUGAUGUCACAGUGCCAGUAUGGCUUUCCCUUGUGCUGCACCUCAAUCCAGAACAUUGUUCCCAUUCCUAUGCUUCUCUAUAAUGACUAGAUAGGUAGAAGUGAUACCUCUUAGUUUAUGCCAUAUUGCUUACACCUAUCCAGUCCAUGAAGGGGAGUUACAGAAGGAACAGAACCAUUUUCUGGAAUUUAAUGAACACAUCAGAAUUGCAGUUUAAGAUUUUAAUUUGUUAAUCAAUUUAACCACUGUGUUGCACUUACCUUAUGAAAAUGCAUGUACUGUACUACAGGGCCAGUCAGGAAUGUUUUUCAAAUAGUGCCUCCAUGUUUCAAUUCUGGGGAAACAUGCCUAAGAUUUCGUUCCAUUCAUUUCUUUAUGACAAUUGAAAACUGCGGUCCUACAGUAGUUGUGAAUUUGUUUGUGUAUUGUGGAGAGGAUUUGUAAUCAAUGUCUAAGAUCAAGUUUUUGUAGAUAGUCUUAGGAAUACAAUGAAUAGUAUGUACCGUGGUGUAAAAUAAAUGAAGCGCUAUAUACCUCAA